CGUGGAGUGGCAAAACUCGGCUAGGAGCUGGAGGAGCAGCCGUUCGUUAUUAUUUUCUCUGAUUCUCAUUUAUCUAUUGUUACUUUACUAUUCCCGUCUUUAUCUUUUUCUUAAUAAACAAGAGAGAAAGAGGUUACUCGGCCGAAUGGAAUGGAUCAUGUCCUCGUCGUCGAAUUUCAUCUAAUUAGUCGUAGCCUAUAAAUAAUACUUCAACGUUCAAGACCCUCUCCGAUUCCCAGCGUUGCAAGCCAAAGAAGUCUCUCUCUCUCUCGUUCAUUCUUCAUCACACAAGAAACAGCGUCGAAACCGCAGAAUCUCUCUCUCUCUCGGAUUUGAUUUUUCUUUUUCUGGGUUGUGAAUUUUGCUUGUAGGGAAGAAGAAAUGGGAGGUGGGAAGGAUAAGCAUAAUGAGGAUCAAGAUAAGGGAUUGUUCAGUCAUUUGGGAGGGCACGGAGGUCCUCCAGGUGGCUACUACCCUCCGCCACCUGGCGCCUACCCUGGAGCUCCUCCUCACGGCUACCCUCCGCAACAGGGUGGCUACCCUCCGCAAGGGUACCCGCCACAGCACGGCUACCCUCCGCAACAGGGUGGUUACCCUCCACAAGGGUACCCUCCUCAGGGUUACCCUCCUGCUGGUUACCCCGCUGGAUCGUCUCACCACACAGGUCAUGGCGGACUAGGGGCAGUGAUUGCUGGGGGUGCAGCAGCAGCUGCAGCUGCUAUGGGUGCUCACCAUGUUAGCCACAGCGGCGGCGGUUACGGCCACAGUGGCGGCCAUGGUGGUGUUGCUCACUAUGGCGGUGGAUACGGGCAUGGACAUGGUGGCAAGUUCAAGCACGGGAAGCAUGGCAAGUUCAAGCAUGGUGGCAAGUUCAAGCACGGGAAGCAUGGGAAGGGCGGGAUGUUCGGUGGAGGCAAGUUCAAGAAGUGGAAAUGAUCAAGAACACGCACUUGAGAUGCCAUGGAUGGACGACUAUGCUUCUACAUAUAUAUCGAUACGUUUCCCCUUUUUGCAUCUUACGUUUCAAUAAAAGUUCAUACAAGUUGAUGAUGUAUGUCUCUCGUGUUGUUGUUGGCUGAUAUCGGUAUACUAUUUGAUCAAGUUUCUAAACACGGAUUGAUAUUUUGGGGCUUAUGUGGCCUCCUAAGUCCUAGCUCUGGGUGAUCUUUGUACAGAAGAACUCUUGUUUCAUGGGUUUUCUUGGAUGAUAAUUUGGUGACUACGGUUCUGAAUUUCUCAUGUCCAAUGCCAGUGCUGUAUUCUAGCAGCUGAAAUUCCGCUUGUUUUCCGAUUAUCAGAGAGCAAAGCAGCAGCAAACAGCAGACGGGCAGUAGGAGAGGAAAUUUGUCGCCGGGAAGAUGUCGGAUCGUCUGACGAGAAUCGCGAUUGUCACUCCCGAUCGCUGCAAGCCGAAAAAGUGCCGCCAGGAAUGCAAAAAGAGCUGUCCUGUUGUGAAAACUGGAAAACUGUGUAUUGAGGUUGCUUCUGCGUCUAAGAUAGCAUUCAUUUCUGAGGAGUUGUGCAUUGGGUGUGGUAUCUGUGUUAAGAAAUGUCCGUUUGAGGCUAUUCAGAUCAUCAACCUCCCGAAGGAUUUGGAGAAGGAUACCACUCACCGUUAUGGUCCCAAUACAUUCAAACUGCACAGGUUACCUGUGCCUAGACCUGGACAGGUUCUCGGCUUGGUUGGAACCAAUGGUAUCGGGAAAUCAACAGCAAUCAAGAUCCUGGCUGGAAAACUGAAGCCAAAUCUGGGCCGCUUUAAUAACCCUCCAGAUUGGCAAGAAAUAUUGACGCACUUUAGAGGAUCUGAGCUCCAGAACUACUUCACUCGUAUCUUGGAAGAUAAUUUGAAGGCUAUCAUAAAACCUCAGUACGUUGACCACAUUCCGAAAGCUGUCCAAGGAAAUGUAGGACAGGUGCUUGAUCAGAAAGAUGAGAGGGAAAUGAAAGCAGAGCUUUGCGCUGAUCUCGAUCUGAAUCAGGUCUUAGAUCGUAAUGUUGGGGAUUUAUCUGGUGGAGAGCUACAGAGAUUUGCGAUUGCUGUGGUUGCCAUACAGAGUGCAGAGAUUUACAUGUUCGAUGAACCUUCAAGUUAUCUUGAUGUCAAGCAGAGGCUCAAAGCUGCCCAAGUUGUUAGAUCUCUGCUCCGCCCCAAUAGCUUUGUGAUAGUUGUGGAGCAUGACCUUAGUGUGCUGGACUAUUUGUCUGACUUCAUCUGCUGCUUGUAUGGAAAACCUGGUGCCUAUGGAGUUGUUACUUUGCCCUUCUCCGUUAGGGAAGGAAUCAAUAUAUUCCUGGCUGGAUUUGUUCCUACUGAAAACCUGAGAUUUCGGGAUGAAUCUUUAACCUUCAAGGUAGCGGAGACUCCCCAGGAGAGUGCUGAAGAGGUUGAAACAUAUGCACGAUACAAGUACCCAACAAUGUCCAAAACCCAGGGAAAUUUCAGGCUCCGCGUCGUGGAGGGUGAAUUCACUGAUUCUCAGAUUGUUGUUAUGCUGGGAGAGAAUGGCACAGGAAAGACAACUUUCAUCCGGAUGCUGGCUGGUUUACUUAAACCUGAUGACGUGGAGACUUCAGAGGUGGAGAUACCCGAGUUUAAUGUUUCCUACAAGCCGCAAAAGAUCAGUCCCAAGUUUCAAAAUACUGUUAGAAAUCUGUUACAUUCAAAGAUACGGGAUUCUUACAUGCAUCCCCAGUUUGUAUCAGAUGUUAUGAAACCUCUGCUUAUUGAACAACUGAUGGACCAAGAAGUAGUGAAUCUCUCUGGAGGAGAAUUGCAAAGAGUUGCAUUAUGUCUCUGUCUUGGGAAGCCGGCUGACAUUUAUCUAAUCGAUGAGCCUAGCGCAUACCUUGAUUCCGAGCAGCGUAUUGUUGCUUCGAAAGUCAUAAAAAGGUUUAUCCUUCAUGCAAAGAAGACGGCGUUUGUCGUGGAACAUGAUUUUAUUAUGGCUACUUAUUUGGCCGACAGAGUGAUCGUUUAUGAGGGACAGCCAUCUAUAGAUUGCAUAGCCAAUUCUCCCCAGUCAUUGCUGACCGGGAUGAACCUUUUCCUAUCUCAUUUGGAUAUCACAUUUAGGCGAGACCCUACAAAUUUCAGGCCUAGGAUCAACAAGCUGGACUCGACCAAAGAUAGAGAACAGAAACAUGCUGGUUCAUACUAUUACCUGGACGAUUGAUGACUGGGACGUCUAUGCAUCUACUGGCUCAUAUGAGUCGUUAUCAGUACUUUCUCAAGUGAUUUCAGGGCCUUGCUUGGAGUGAUUGUGCGGCAAGAUAAUUCGUUCGUGAUCAUAUAGCCAGAACUUGAAUCAUGGUCCUUGACUCGAUUCUUCAGUUGAAGAGUCUGCUGAGCCUUACUGUUUUGAGCUAUAAUUAAUCCAUAGUAGUGGCCGUUAUCCAACACUUGUUCUCUAGAAGCCUUGUUUCUUGUUCCCGCUAGUUUGUUCAUUGACAGCAGUAGUAGGUAACUGAACCAUUUGAUGUAAGUUGGAAUGUAAUGUUGAAAGAGUUUUCGGCCUACAUCUCAGAGUGUCAUAUUUUGUUAGGCGGCCACCAGCCUCUGUCGGAGUUGUUGAAGGGCAUGGCGUUUUUGGAAGUUGAGUUUCAUGCCCAGUUUUGGUGACUUCAUUAAAUUCUCAUUUUAGCUAUACAUGAGACAGUGUCUUACUUAUAUAAAUCGGGUUUGAAAAUGUGGUCCUUUUCUUCCUCUAUUUUUUGUUUGUUUGUUUCUGAAUGAGCUUGCUUGUUUUCCAAGUAGGCACAUGUAGUUCGGGUGUGCUCCAUAUUGCAUUAUAUCUAAAUCUAAUCGAUAAUGGAACUUGAUUGAAUAUAUUUUGAUUUGAUUUCAAUUCUACAAAUUA